AUGAAAGGAAAGCCAUUUCGUGGCGGAGAGGUCGGAAUGGCUGUUCCCGAUAGCAUCUGCACUGCCAAAGCUGUUGGCGUCAGCCAAGACUCCAACAUUUAUGAACCACAUUUAGUGGCCUCUACUGUCACUCAUAUGUUGGGCCAUAACAUAGGUAUGGGUCACGACGAGGACUCCAAGGAUGACAACAACAACUGCAAGUGCAGCGAUUGGUGGGGGUGUAUAAUGGCUAAGAAUAUAUUAGGCGAGGAUCGUAUCCAACCGUUUCACUUCUCGCAGUGCAGUUUAGAUGACUAUAACAAUGCCCUACAGAUCGGACACGGGAUCUGUCUGUUUAACAAACCGAACCAAUUGGAGGACUUCCGGUCGUGCGGUAAUGGAGUGAUCGAAGAGGAGGAGGAAUGCGAUUGCGGCAGCUUUCAGGAGUGCAUUGAAAAGGAUCCGUGUUGUGACCCAAUCACAUGCAAACUCAGACAAGAAGCCGAGUGCUCGACCGGUCCGUGUUGUGUCAACUGUAAGUUGAAAGGAUUGGGUCACGUCUGCAGGAUUUCCAACGAUGAGUGCGAUUUGCCUGAAGUAUGCGAUGGCAAGAGUGGGAAAUGCCCGUCGGAUAUAUUCAAGAAAAACGGAAACAUCUGUUUGGGUGGAAAGGGAUUCUGUUUCCACGGCGAGUGUCCGACACUCGAUAACCAGUGUUCAGUCAUAUGGGGAAAGGGGUCGCGAGCCUCAGAGCUUAUCUGUUUCCAGCAGUUCAACGCUCAGGGAACCAUUCGGGGCAACUGUGGCCAAGACACCAAUGGCAACCACUUGAAGUGCACUCAAGAGAAUCUGAUGUGCGGUUCGCUUCAGUGCCAACACGGAAAUCAGGUGCCCUUCUCUAAGGGCAUGGAUAAGGAGUACUCGCGGACAAUGGUCUACACGAAUGGCGCUGAGUUUGAGUGCAAAGUCGCCCGCGGGUCCAUUCGGGCCGACAUCGCAGACAUGGGUCUCAUUCAAGACGGCACUAAGUGUUCAGACAAUAAAAUUUGUGUGAAUCAAACGUGUAUUAGUAUAGACUUAUACAUAGAACCGGGCGAUUGUAUGACCAAUAAUGUCGCGCUCACGUGCUCUGGACAUGGAGUCUGUUCAAACGUCAAUUCGUGCGCCUGUGAUAACGGAUGGACGGGUAGUGACUGCAGCGAGAAGUCCACUUACAUCAUGACCACACCCGAGCCCACCGAAGCCAUACCCGUUACCCCCAAAUCCAAUGAAGCGCUGACGACCCCCAAGACUAUAUCAGAACUGAUCAAAGAGACCACAUUAACAAAAGAAUAUGAUAACAAGAAAAAGUCUUUAAGUGCCGCUUAUUUGGUUAUGAUUUUAGUUUCAAUCGUUGGCGGGAUUUGGCUGAAAAUUCAAUUCUCCGAAAAGCGGCGAAGUUUAAUGCCUGGAAAGGCAGAAAGGGCUCAAUUAAAGAAACAGUUAAAUAGAAAGGGUUCCGGAGCUGUCAAUGAAAACGAUCCGUUCAAUGAAAACGUGUCCAGAAUUAUAACGUUUGGAAGUAUGCCGUCGUAUAGAGAAGAUAAGAUGCAAGAAAUGAAGAGACAUAAGGAUAGCCUUCGCAACGACUCCCAGAACGAUAUGGAAGCGCACAAUAGGCUACUCAACGAGACCUCGCAAUUCAUUGAGUUGUCGCCAAACAAUUUGUCCAAAAUGGGUCAUCACGUGGCGCCCGAAAAGGGGAUUCUCAAACACAUGGCCGCUAUGGCCGCCGCCAGCGCUGCCGGUGCCGCUCAGUCCGACACCAAUCACAUGAAUGAGCGGUGGAAUGAUUUGAGUCCAUCCGACGGCCAGGAAAGCCAUUCAGACAAUAACCGCAAUAGCGAUGCGUUCAGUGAUAUCGAGCGACUCAAAGGCAUGAAUGGCUAUCACGAAGAGAUGUUGGAAGCGCUACAGUCGUCGAGUCGAGAUCUGGGCCGACACACCAGCCCUUCAUCAGAUGCCGCCAAAAAAGCCUUCUUAGACUCAAUCCCUGAAUACGGAGGUUUGGGUCAUUUGAAAGCUACUGAUUCUCAAGUGAGCGGAUCCGAUGACGAUUCUGUGCCUCCAUGCGGUCCGAUUCGGAUCAGAAAUCUCGAAGACUUGUUGAGACAAUUGGAGAAACAAAACCUUCACUCGACUGGUCUGUCGCCGUGCGGUUCCGAAGACAUACGGCUCAGCGAACCCGAAUCGGACAGACAUUUGUACAGCAGUAGUGGCGCCGGGAGUCGCGGCCACUUGCCAUCCGCUCACACAUACCAUUCCUCAGCCCUGAGUGCACUCGAAAGCCAUUUGGUUGAACAGGAUUUGGCCUAUUUGUUGGGCUGUCACCGCCAAUCAGACCAUCACAUGGGUAUUCCUCCGCCGCCGCCACCACCGCAACAAUCAUCGACAUCGAGCUCCAUUCCGAUCGGUCCUCCGAGUCUGUGUCCGUAUACGCAAAAGAUACUGGAGUUGCAGCCGCCGUCGCCGUCGACCACCACCUCAACCACCACUUCCACAGUUCACGACCACAAUCGGGAAGACGACGAAAAUGGAAGUGCUUUGGACACUGACCUCAGCGGCGACGCCGCCUUUUAUGGUACGGGUGUUUGUCAGCCAAUGCUGAGGAGUGCCAGUGAAGAGGCCCUUCCCGUAAGCCUCUCCUGUGAUUUUACAGUUAGCGGACAAUUAAGUCUGAAAAAUAAAGACAUUUUCAAAUUAAGCUCUGAUUCAUACAAUGGCUGCCAAACUAAUCAAGUGUUUACCACGUCUGUAGUGCUUCCGACACAUUGUGCAGAGCAGGCAAUCACUGCCGGAACAGCUUCUGCCGCAACAAUUGCCGCAAGAGUUGCCACUUCAUCAGAUCCAAUACCUGCGCCGACUCUACCAACAGAUGCAAAGCCAGUCACUGCCGCCACAGCUCCAGACGGCCAACAAUUACUGCACUCUUCCGCGCCAUUGGAUCGAAAGAGUCCAAAGACAAUAUCGAGGUUUACCGUAACCCUCGUCGCCAAAGAAACCACUCUCGACGAGCCCACGACUGCCACCACUCCUCAACAAUCCAUUCCUCCGCAGUCACACAAAGACAAAGGCAAAGACAGCAAAAAGGCCACCAAAAAGAAAAGCAAGAAAAAGUAUCCCGAAUAUAAAGUGUGACUCUCUUUGACUGACAAACUCAUUGACUGACGACAAACACAUUUUACCGAUGAAUUAACUUAUUAUCAAAAGACAACGUUAUUAUACAAUAGUUCACAACAAAUUGAACAUCAAAUUCAUUCAACAUCUCAUCAAUUCGUUCACACAAUUAGGACUAAAAUUAUUAAAUAAAUUGUUUUUUGCAUUUUAUAAUAAAAUUGACA